CUCUAUAAACCAAAGAAAGCAUGCAUACAGAAUUCGAGAGCAAAGUUGAACUUGUGGAAAUAUUAAAAAGAUCCUACUUCUAAUCUCAAAGAAUACAGAAACGGCGAUGAAGUGGUUCGUGAAGAAUCAAACCCAGUCUCUGGCUAUAGCUCUGACAGCCUUGAGGCUGGUGGGGUUCUGGGCGCCAGAGAGUCUGGUCGGGAGGAAGAAGACGAUUUACGACGCGUAUGCGGGCUUCUCGUUCAUGGUGCUGCUUGGGAUAUUUCUGAUCGCCCAAUCGAUAGACCUGUUCGUGAUAUGGGGCAACAUUCCCUUGAUGACGGCGACUGCCUUCAUCCUGUUCACCAACCUGGCUCAGGCUGCCAAGUUCAUUAACCUCGCUGUUCGUGAGAAGAAGAUACGAGCUAUAGUCGACAGUGCGGACACCGUGCUACGUGACGCUGAUACACAUGAGGCCAAGUCUAUUGUGAAGAAUUGCGACAGACAGACUCGUAUCCAACUGGUUGCCUUCUUCACCCUGACCCUGGUCACAAUCACUGGCUUCGCCACCAGCGCCGAGGGUGCCAACUUGCCUCUCAGAGCUUGGUAUCCCUACGACACGACAAAAUCUCCAGCAUAUGAACUCACCUACGCCCACCAAGUGUACGCUCUGUUCGUGGCUGCGUUCCUCAACGUGGCCAAGGAUACUGUUGUGACCAGUCUGUUGGCGCAGUGUCAUUGUCGGCUGCAGCUCCUCAGCCUUUCCCUGAGGACUCUGUGCGAUGAUCUGCCUGUGACUGGCUUGAACCAGCUGACUCCGCAUCAAGAAAAAAGCCUCAAGUCCCGGAUCCAAAGGUGCGUGGUUCAUCAUCAGACCGCGUUGGAAGCCGCCACUCUGAUGCAGAAGUACUUCUCGGAGCCGACCUUCGCACAGUUCAACGUUUCACUGGUCAUCAUCUGCGUCACAGCUUUCCAGUUGGUUUCUCAAACCGACAACAUGGUCCGACUGGUGUCGAUGUGUACGUAUCUCGUGAACAUGAUGUUCCAAGUGUUCCUGUACUGCUACCAAGGGAACCAGCUCUCUGAAGAGAGUUCAGAAAUCGCCAACGCAGCGUACCUCAGUCCGUGGUACACGAUGUCGCCUCCCCGUCGCCGGGAGAUCCUCUUCAUUAUGACCAGAUCGAGAAGGAUAGCCCGAAUCACGGCUGGAGGCUUCACCACGUUGUCACUGGCUUCUUUCAUGGCGAUAAUAAAAGCGUCGUAUUCCCUGUUCACCUUGCUGAAACAAGUUGAUGACACCAAUUGCGCAAAUAAAACACACCCACCUUUAUCGUUUUCAACAAUCGCUGAUGUAAAAAUGAAGCUUUUAGUGUCCAACGUGACUUGGUCUUUGAGGCUCUCUCUGACUGCCCUAAGAUUUGGGGGAUUUUGGUGGCCCAAGGCAGAUGGAACCUGGAAAAUCUUGUAUAAUGUCCUUACUGCGUUUUCUGUCGUAUAUAUGAUUGGCAUUUAUUUGAUAGUCCAGACAGCGGAGUUUAUCUGUGUGCUCGGGGACGUGUCCCAAUUGUCCAGGGUUGGGUUUAUACUGUUCUCCAACCUGGUGCUGGGUAUUAAGAUGUACAACCUCGUUAUAAGAGCUGACGAGAUUCGCGGGUUAGUUGAUGAGAUGGACCGAAGGCUGAGAGACGCUAAAGGCGAUGAUGAAAUCGCAAUCAUAAAAAGCAUGGACAAGUUGACGAUGUGGCAGCUGUAUGUAUAUUGUUUCGCAUCCUUCAACACGGUGUAUGGUUUAGCAAUUAGUGUCAGGAAACCUUACCUGCCACUUCCAGCUAGGUAUCCCUUUGAAUCUACAAUAUCUCCAGCUUAUGAAAUUGUUUAUACGCAUCAGGUGUCAGCCAUAACCCUAGGGGCGACGAUAAACAUGAGUCUGGACACAUUGGUAACGACAUUGAUGGCCCAAUGUUGCUGCCGGUUCCAGCUUCUUGCUCUGGCUCUGAGCAAGCUGUGCCAAGGCUUGAGCACUACUGAAAAGAUGAUGUUAUCAGAAGAAGAUGACCAAAUUGCUCUCACACGCCUCCGAAGCUGCAUAGACGAACACCGAGAGGCUCUGCUGAACGCCAGUCAGAUACAGAAUAACUUUUCCUUGCCAAUCUUCUUUCAGCUCAGCAUAUCUAGCUUUGUUAUCUGUGUCACUGCUUACCAGUUGGCUUUUGAAGAAAUGGUAAUUGUGCGUCUGUGGUCUUUGAUAUCGUAUUUAAUAAGCAUGACGACACAAGUAUUUCUAUAUUGUUAUCAUGGAAACGAACUGUCUCUUCAGAGUGCAAAAAUAUCGACAUCAGCGUAUCAUUCGUCAUGGUACACAUGCUCGGCGCGACUCAGGCGCACCACGCUUAUGCUCAUGGUCCGUUCAGUACGAGUGGUGUACGUCAAGGCGGGGGGACUGACAAUCCUGUCGUUAGCUACGUUCAUGGGCAUUAUAAAGGCAUCGUAUUCGUUCUUUACAGUUUUACAGACUGUUCAAGAGUGAUAAGGGAGUUGAGAAUCUUAUGUACCUACAUAAAUACCUAAUUAUCAGUUAUUGUUUUGUCUAGCAUUUAUACUACUUCUGUAUAGUAUAGGUAAUCCACAUCUGGAUCUCGUAAAUUAAUAACUACACACAAAAUUGUUUAUCAUUCUAAUAAAAUUUGUUUUAUAAGAGGGCGUUGAAAUAAAUUAAUAUUUACAACAAUGUAAUGUCAAUCAUUAAAAUAUUUAUCAAGUUGAUAAAGUGCAUUAAGAGUGAGUUUGCAUCAGUUAACUUUGACGUUAACUCUAAGUUGCGCACAAAGAUGCAAAGUACGCCCCAUUUUGUUUGAACGUCAGCGGCGCCCAGGUUAAAGUCAACGUCAAAGCUGACUGGUGCAAUCCACCAUAAAUAUUUUUUCUCUGUGUGAUAUAUGUUUCACGAAGUAAUUUGUAUUCAUGUUUGGUAUUACUUCUGCAGAUGUAUUUUUACAUAGUAUAGAUGCCAAACGGGUAUUUAUGAGCAUAGCGAUUUAAGCCAUAAUGUAAUAUAGCAUAUUGUAUUACGGCAUAAUUAUUUUCAAGCAUAACGUUCUUACGCAUUACUACCUAUUUGCAGCAUAACUAACCUAACCUAAAAGUUGAUUACGCCAAAAAUCAAUUAGAUAUGCCUUAGACCUAUUAUGUCAAAAUAUUUUAUGCCAAGACAUAGACAGAAGUGCAAAAUAAAAAAUAAAUCGAAAAUAGUGAACCUAUAUCAAUAAGUUUCAUUAGUAUUUAAAAUAAAUUU